AUGCAUUCUGCUGCAGUAAUACUAGCAUUGUCUAGUAUCAUUUUCGCUUAUUAUUCAUCUGCGCAGAAUGGAUUCUUCCGUGAAGCGGAUUAUCGUCAACUUUAUCCAUUGCUAUCGAUUGCUAUUCGCUUGCAGAAUCACGCUCAUGCGCUACCAUAUUUUUUUGGUUUAUUAGAGAAUCUUGACUAUCCAAAAGAUCAAAUUCUAAUUGAUAUAUACAUGGCAACACAUAUUGAUGCAACUUUAUCAAAAACCAAACAAUGGGCAAAUGAUGCAAAGAAGUAUUAUCGUUCUAUUUUUCUAACUGAUGAUGCGAAAAAUUGGCAAGAAGAGGCAUUGAUGAAAGCAAGAAGUAGUAAAGCAAAAUUUAUAUUCUAUUUAAAGGGCGAUCAUUUGUUGACGGACCACAGAAUUCUCCAAACGAUGAUGCAAAAGAAGAAAUUAGCUAUUGCUCCUCUUCUUUUUGCUCCAUUUGGUGAUCCACCUACAGUGUUUAUAUCUGAAGAUUAUAGCAGUCGAAAAGAAAUAUCUACUGUAGAAGUUAAGAUGAUUCCUGAACCGUUGCUAAUAGAUUUGGCACACAGUGAUUCGUCAUACUUAACAUUUUCCUUCGAAAAUUUAUAUGGUUAUUCUAAAAAUGAUUCUGAAGAUCCAGAUGCUGUGCUUGCAAAUUCAGCAUCUCGGAUGAACAUACCAUUUUUCUUGGAUAAUCAACAUUUUUAUGGAUAUUUUUUCAAUCAUUCAAUACGUUCUUUGGAUUUUCAGCGAAAAGCGCUUCGUUAUCUGUUGGCUGAUUGGAUUGCUAAUAGUGGUUUGAUGCCAAUUGUGCAUUCAUCAUUUCUGAAAGUCAACUAUCCGAGACCGUCACUUUUUGAUGUUGACAAAAUUUAUGUUAUCAAUCUCGAACGAAGAAACGACAGAAAAGUUAAAAUGAUGGAAUUAUUAAAACUGAUGGGAUUUGAAUAUACAUGGUGGAAAGCGACUGAUGGUCACCGCUUGGAUUCAGAACCUUUAUACAACGAGGUUAAAUUUUUGCCUGGAUAUGAAGAUCCGUACUAUAAAAGGCCGAUGAAAACGGGAGAAGUCGGUUGUUUUUUAAGCCAUUACCGCAUAUGGCAGGAAGUAGACGAAAAGAAUUUGAAUCGUGUAAUUAUAUUCGAAGACGAUUUGCGGUUCGUGGUUAAUUCGACGGAUCUUUUAAAAGAGCUCAUUGAAGAUAUUGAUAGUUCGGGAAUUGAGUGGGAUCUAGUAUACUUAGGCAGGAAACGGCUAGAAGGUGCGGAUGAAAACUGGGUGCCUGGUCAUCGACACCUGAGUACCGUUGAUUAUUCAUAUUGGACUCUUGGUUAUAUGUUGUCAUUGAAUGGCGCUCGAAAACUACUUGGUGGCAACCCUUUGAAAAAACUUCUGCCGGUGGAUGAAUAUAUCCCAAUUAUGUUCAAUAAGCAUCUGAAUACGACAUGGAAAAGUGCAUUUCCACAUCGCGAUUUAAUUGCAUAUACAAUUUAUCCUACCAUUGUUGUUCCAGAAAGGUAUACCUAUCAGCAUGGUUAUUUUAGCGAUACAGAAGAUUCGGAUAUUGUUGAUUUAGCAAGUGCAAUUUGGACACACAAAAAUACAAAUAAAGAAGAAUUGUGA